UUAUUUUGGUGUUCAGAGGGAGAAGAAAAGCUUGAAGAUUUGAACAAGUUUUUGAGUUGCUUCAUGAAUAGAGCUUGAGAUUCAUAUAUUUUUCUGUUAUGGCUGCUGUGAAAUCGUGUUGCCUCAAUUUGUGAUUAAAUUCAUGGGUUUUGGACCCAGUGUAGCGAACUAAAAAAUCAUGCUUCAAUCUUUGAUGAAAAUCAUGCUCCAAUCUGAAAUGAAACUUUGUGUUAGAGUGUUUCUAUGUGUGAGUAUUUGUUUUCUCUUUUUUUAAGGUGUUGAAGAUGUUUUUGGUUUAUUUUAAGUGUGAGAGGUUAUGGGAUUUUAUGAGGUUUCAUUAUUUCAUGAUAAAGGAGACGAAGAUUCAACGUUACAGCUCAACCUUCCAUUAACUUCCGUUUGUGUUUUUUAACGCCAAGGACUAAAGUGACGGACGUUUGACACUUUCGAGGACCGCGAGGUGAAUAAAAUUCAUUUUAACAGUCUUCUACUGCUUCUUUUUAACUAGUUCCAUAUCAGCUAUCCUCUCUGGCACCAUUGGCAUCCACUACGGCCAUGUCUUGAUUCAUUUCAAGGGUCAUUCUGAGAGGCUCAAGCAAUGGCUCUCAAUGGGCUUUGUGUUAUUGAUCCUAGGCAUCAUCCUUCAUUUUACAAAUGCUAUCCCAAUUAACAAGCAACUCUACAGCUUCAGCUAUGUUUGUUUCACAGCUGGGGCAGCUGGAAUUGUCUUCUCUGUGUUCUACAUAGUGAUUGAUGUUUGGGGCUUUCGUACUCCAUUCUUGUUUUUGGAAUGGAUUGGAAUGAAUGCAAUGCUAGUGUUUGUGAUGGCAGCUCAGGGCAUCUUUGCAGCAUUUGUAAAUGGAUGGUAUUACAAAGAUCCUGAUAACUCACUAGUAAAUUGGAUACAGAAUCAUGUAUUCAACAAUGUAUGGCACUCAGAGAGGUUGGGAACUCUGUUAUAUGUGAUCUUUGCAGAAAUCACUUUCUGGGGAGUGGUUGCUGGCAUCUUGCAUAAAUUAGGAGUAUAUUGGAAACUGUAA